UUGCUGGCCGGCUGGUCGAGCAUUGAAGUAAGGAAAACCUGGAAGUCCUCCAGAUUUUCCUGCAGCUGACUGGUUGACUGACCUGACCUGAGCUAAGCCGAGCCUGUUUCUACCUGGCCAAGACGAAGUCACAAAGUCAGUCAAUUAGCGAGGCAACGUGUUGAGUGCCGGCCAACUCCAGAGAUCAGUUUCAUUUGGCAUGCCCAUCGAUAGGUUUGCCAGGAGUACGAGAAGCAAGAGUUCGCGAUAGGACCGAGUACCAGAGAUAUAGGAGGCAUACUUUUCAUGCCCGGUGAGAGCACGGACGGAGGAGUCAAAGAUCGAGCAGGAUGAGCCUGAUCAGGUUGGGGCUGGCGCUGCUGCUCCUGGUGGCCACCGCCUCGCAGUUGCUGCAGCCGGUCCAGGGACGCCGGAAGAUGUGCGGCGAGGCUUUGAUCCGAGAACUGAAUUUCAUAUGUGUCAAGGGCUUCCCGAGCAGGGUCAAGCGGAGCAAUAGUGUGCCCAAGGAUAGAGUGCGCACCCUGAUCCGUAAGCUCCAGGACACUGAAACGGAAAAGGAUCCAUCAGGAUCCAAUGGAAGUAAGCGCAAGUUGCGACGCCACCGACGGAAUAUUGCCCACGAGUGCUGCAAGGAUGGCUGCACCUACGACGAUAUUAUGGACUACUGCGCCCUAUGAUCACAUACCAGAUCCUCCAGUUACCAGAUCCCCAAAAAAAAAGAAACCUCAGAUACCAAAAUGAUCCCGAUAUGACUUAAAUUUUGUGAUGGCAGCGGGCAGGAUGGCCAGUUUAAGGACAAUUCCCAGAGGCAUCCGGCCGGCAGGCGUUUUCCAACUCAUUUUAAUACACUUAAACCUAACUAUAAUCGUAUUUCCAAAUAUUUCAUUGUAAAUUCCUAGUGGAAGCAAAUAAAGUUACUCUCCAACC